AUGGCGGCGGAACAAAUGGAGCAUGCGGCGCCACGGUGGCCGAACGUUAACGCGCCGCCAGGGUACCGCUUUAAGCCGACCCCGCGGGAGCUGAUCCAGUGCUACCUCGAGCCCUGGGUGGCCACCGAGCCCGGCCACCAGUCGCCCGGCGAGUUCUACGGCAUCAUGGCGGCAGCGGACGUCUACGGCGAGGACCCGGGCACGCUGGCGUCGCGCUUCCAGCACAUCGCCCACGACGACGGCAACUGGUACUUCCUCUCCGUCGCGCGCUGGAAGGACGGCAACGCCAGCAGCAAGCGGAUGAACCGCGCCGUCGGGGCACUCGGCACGUGGCACGGGUCCGGCAAGCGGAUCCCCGUCCGCGGCGCCGGGUACCGCCAGUCCUUCGAGUUCCGCCCCGCCGGCGGCGGCAAGACCGCGUGGCUCAUGGAGGAGUUCGGCACCGUCCGGAACGACGCCACCGGCGAGGACGGCGUCAGGGUGCUCUGCAGGCUGCACCUCAGGCCCAAGGCGGCGGUGGCGGCGGCGGACGGCGACGACCGCCAGCAGCAGCUCGAGGCCAACGACGUGCCAGCCCCGUGCAACAAGAGGCAGCGGCAGCUAGCGGCGGCGCGCCAGGUGGAGCACCACUUCGACGCGGAUUACUGGACGGCGGCGCCCGAUGUCGGGUUCUCCUCCUCCUAUGCCACCGCUGCUGCGCCGGCGCCUCCGGACGUCGGGUGCUCCUAUGCCACCACGUCGUCCCAUGCUGCUGGUGCUGCGGCGCCGGUGACCGAGCUAACAGCAGAAGCGUUGGCCACUUGGCAACACCAACCCAUGAUGGAACAAGCAGGCGACGGGGGUUACCAAUACCACUGCGCCGGCGUCCAUGGCGGCGUGUACAUCAGGGUCGACGACGAGCCACAGCGAUUGGAGAUGGUUACAGAAGACGUGGAGUUUACAGCGCAAGAUUUGAAGCUAGAAGACUCUGACUUUGUGUUUACUGUGGAACAUUUGCUGCAGCUGGACGAUGGAUCGAUCAUGGACAGCAAUAGUAACGCCUUCUCAGUUCUACAGCCCAUGUGUGAUGGUGUGCAAGAGAACAACGAUCCGAAACUAGAGCCCAGUGACGGUGUGCAAGAGAACGACGACGAUCCGAAAGGCGACGCUAACGCAAGUCGAUAA